AUGCUUGUUGAAAUCUCAGGUGAAAAACCUAUGUAUUACAGCCAUCUAGUGAAACUGAAAAAUCACAACAUUUUCCUAAAAAGUAUAAUUGAUGAGGAGAAAUGCCAACUUGGUUGCGGACAACCUACUCAACGAUGGUACAUGACAAUGCGUCUAGGUUUGCAAAAUGCCUAUGGCACGAAGAAAGCCUAUGUUAGGUUGACUCCAGAUUAUGAUGCAUUGGAUGUUGCUAGGAACAUUGUGUGUGAUGGUUAUGAGACUAUUCUUAUACAACAAGUAAUAAAUCACGCUGACAGCGGACAUUGCUAA